GUGAACCGCUAAAAUACUGGUGCAUCCUUUUGGGGUACAACUUGAGGAAUUAGUGGAAUGGGAACAUAAAAGCAAGAUCGAUGGUAAAAUGCAUGCAUGUGGUCAUGAUGCUCAUGUUACCAUGCUGCUUGGGGCAGCUAAGUUGCUUCAGAGCAGAAAGGAGUAUUUGAAGGGAACUGUUAAGCUGGUCUUCCAACCUGCCGAAGAAGGCAUGGGUGGUGCUCUCCAUAUGAUAAAGGAAGGAGUAAUCGAUGAUAUUGAAUCCCUGUUUGGGCUCCAUGUUUGGCCAGGUUUGCCUGUUGGUACAAUCGCUUCGAAAGCAGGGCCCUUACUUGCAGGAUCAAACAGGUUUUCAGCUGUAAUACAAGGUCGAGGAGGGCAUGCAGCGGCCCCACAUAAGACCAGAGACCCUGUUAUUGCUCUAUCUAUGGCCAUUCUUUCCCUCCAACAGCUUGUUUCACGUGAAUCUGAUCCUCUGGAUGCGAGGGUGGUAUCAAUUGGAUUCGUGGAGGCGGGUCAUGCCGAAAAUGUGAUCCCAGAUCAAGUGAAGUUUGGUGGGACUUUUCGUUACUUGACUUCUGAUGGUUCUUCCCAUCUCCAACAAAGAAUCAAAGAGAUAAUAGAGACACAAGCAGCCGUGAACCAGUGCAAUGCAACAGUGACCUUCAUGUCGGGGGAACAGACACCCUACCCUCCAACAGUUAACAAUCAAGAAAUGUAUGAUCAUGCCAAGACAGUAGGAGAAGUGUUGCUGGGUGAGGGAAAUGUGGGUCAUGCCAAUAUCACAAUGGCUGCUGAGGACUUUGGCUUUUAUGCACAGAGAACAAAAGCUGCUUUCUUUUUAAUUGGUUCAAGAAAUGAGACAGUGAUGAAAUCUGUUGAAGGGCUUCACAGUCCUCACUUCACUCUGGAUGAAGAUGUUCUGCCCAUUGGAGCAGCUCUUCAUGCUUCUGUUGCCAUUUCUUACUUGGAUGGCCAUUAGAUAGGAUUGAUUACCCGUCAUAUGUGGUGCAAUUUAGACUUGCACAAACUCGGGUCGGCUUAUCUGGCCCGCCCAUCCCGCCUUUAAGAAACGGGCAAAUUUGGACAACUAUAUGUACUCGUGCCUGCUAGCCUGGCGCGAUUUGCAAAAUAAUAUGGAUGGGUUUGGGAAUUGAUUUCGUCCCAUAUGGACCAGUUAGCCUGCCCACAUCAUUUAUAUAUAUUGAGUUGUGUGUGUGUGUGUGUGUCACACAUUGUAUAUUAUUACAAACAUUUAUGUAUAUUGGAGCAUCGAUAAUUCUAGAUUGUUGCGUGGUUUAACAAUUACACUUUAUUAAAUAAAUUAUAUUUAG